GCCACGUAGACUUUUAGGUAGUAUUUUUCGAUAGUAAUGACGGAAACUUCCUUCUCUUACAACCACUAGAUUUUUUUCAAGGACCAUGCCUUUCACAACCUUAGAAACAACCAACUUUCCUCUUUACGCUGUGAAUGUUCUGGAUCGGGAGCACUUUUUGAUCGCCGGCGGCGGUGGUGCGGCAAAGACCGGUGUUCCGAACGCUUUGGUAUGUGCUAUAGCUAAAUAUAGUUUGUUUUCGUUAUUUUGUCAAAAUAUUUUGUUUCACGGCUUUCUUGAUUGUAUUUAAGCUGCUCUUUUGUCACAUUUCCAUGGUUUAGUAACUGUUUGAAAAAAAGCCGCUACUGCUUGGGUUGGCGACAAUUUUUGUUUGCAAGUCAUUUUAAGCUUAUGUCAAAUCAGCAGUUGUUAAUAUAUAUAAUAGUAAUUAUCAUUUAUUCAAAAUACUUAUUUGUAUCUCCCAAGAUUUAUAAAAAAUUUGGUAGUUGGUAUACGUGGUCCCCUUUUAGCAUGACUAACAAGCUAUCUCACGUCAAGAUCACACUAUACGGUCCUCAAUAGACAGCGAGCUAGCCUUAGCCACGUGACAUCCAGUGUUCCACAAGGAAGUGUUUUAGGGCCUUCACUAAUUGCUCUGUACACCAGGCCUCAGUUGUUCAAAAGCUGGAUAGUGCUAUCCAUCAGAUAAAUCACUAUCCAGUGGAUAUGUAUGAGGGAAACCAAUUGUGCUAUUCACUGGAUAGCACUAUCCAACUUUUGAACAACUGGGGCCUGCUGCCUAGUUGAAUUUGUCCAGUCAGAUUGAAGAGUAGGACCCUCGGAAUGAGGUUGCAACUUUCUGUGAAAGACAGUACUUCUAUCUAGCUAAACUACCUAAUCAAUGUAAAUGAGUACUCUGCAAAAUGACAAGCCAAUCUAAGCAGUUUAACCCCCUCCAUAUAAAAUUUAAAAACUAUAUAUUGUGUGGCUUGGAUGACCACAGCUGCUUAAAAAAUGUUUUCCAUAAAAUUGAUUUUGAGUAUAUAUAAUGUUUCAAACCAGCCACAGUGUACAUGUGCACUGUAUGUCCACAUGCAGAGCUUUCGCUGACUCUUUCCUGCUGUCCAUCAGAGACAUCAGCUUAUUAUCGCAAGCCAUUGGACUGAAAGUUGUAUUUAUCUCUUCUUUUGUUAUCUCAUAUGAAGGUCACUAAUAUUUACCUUUGUACACAUUUUUGUUUUGCAUAUCAUGUCAGAAUAUUUACAAGCUUGGUACAGAUGGUAAAGAACUCAAAGCAAGCUUGGUUCAUAACUUUGAGGCGGGUCGAAGGGCAAUAAUGAACUGUGCAAUUCACCCCACUGCAAAUGUAUUAGCAGCUGGAAUGGACAAUAAAUGUCAGUUAUUGGAAGUGGAUGUGAAAGAGGAAGAAGUCCAGGUUGAAAAAUUAGAAGGCAGGAAGGCUAAAGUUAUGACAAAAAAGAAGAUAAAGAAAUUUAAAGUAAAUGAACUGCAAUCUAAGGUGACAGUAUCAGCAGAAGAUGGUGAUGAAAAAGAUGAGGACUUAGGAUUUCAAAAAGUUGUGCGUUUUACAGCGGAUGGAAAGCAUGUUGUAACAGGUGGCUCAGAUGGUCAUGUUAGAGUCCUCAAGGUAAUUCGCUGUUAAUUCCCAGUUGUCUCAGCACUGAAGCAAACUUGAAUUGAGCAAGCAGCUAUCAAGUUUUGCUUGCCCAAGGCAGUUGUCUGCAUCUGGUUUAUUUUGUGAAAUUGGGAUGUGGGGUUUGAUCAUUGUGCAAGUACAGCAAAUGAUCAAAAUAGAAACUCAGCUGGGAGCGUUUAAUCCCGGGGGGGGGCACUUGGGUAUUUUUUGGGUGGGUAUGUACCGCCCGGGACUCCAAAUUGGCACCCCGUUCUAGAAAAAAUUUCCCCUAAAAUUGAUACCCCGUUCUAAAAAUGGGCCAAUUUUUUAUACCCCGUUCUAGUAUUCCCCCUAAAACUGAUACCCCGUUCUAGAAAUGGGCCAAUUUUUUAUACUCCGUUCUAGGGUGCAACAAGAGUACAACAGUUUGCUUGUUAACGCAUUGAACCGUAUUUUUAAAAGCAAUCUGUCCUUGAAUACUUUCAAAUGGCUGCUUACAAAAGUGGAGCUUUCGUGCGUUUGAAAUUUUAUACCCCAUUCUAGAAAACGCCUCUGAAAUGGAUACCCCGUUCUAAAUCAGGAGCUUCAAAAUCACGACCCCUUUGGGCGGCACAUACCCGUAUAGGUAAUGUAUGGGAGUACCCCCCCCGGGCGUUUAAUAGAUAAAAGGCAUUUUAAGGAGAGAGGCAUUUACUCUCAUGACUGCUGCAAAUGUUACAAAUCUAAUAUACUUACAGCAAAUGUAUCACCACAGUUAUCAAAUAGCAGACUAUCCAGUCCAUCCAUUGAUACGGUUAGAGACCCAUAUAGUUUUUUGAAAGGUCAACUUUGACAUCAGAAUCCUUACUUUGAUCUUGAUAUUGAACAAGAUGAGAUGUGAAAACUCUGAUUAGUUAAGGAAGACUGAAUAAAUUGAAUGAUGUUAGUUGCCCUAGAUUCCUUUAAUCAUGGUAGACGGGGGAAACAAUAUUAUAUUGACUGACUCUGCAUAUUAAACACUUUGACUUUUUAUUUAUAACUUGAUUUCAGUAAAUAUUUUGUUUCAGUAUCCCUCUCUAGAAUCUGUACACGAUAUAAAGGCUCAUUCUACUGAUGUUGAUGACCUUGAUGUCCAUCCCAACUCUAACUGGGUAAGUUGUGUUCUAUUUAUUUUCAAUAUUACUUUCAUUAUUAUUACCAGCUUUAGGUUUAUUUAUUUUCUGUUGAGUGUCCUUUUUGGUUUCAGUUUGUUACAUGCUCCAGAGAUACAACAGCCUAUGUGUGGAGAUUAGAGGAAGGAAGGAAGCAGUUUCAACUUUAUUUCUCUGCUAAUAAUGAGCCAGAAAACUUUUUCAGGAUAAGAGCUUGUAGGUAGGUCUAAGACUUUGAAAAGCUCCAGGAUACCAUUGUCCACUGGAUAAAUCUGUACUAUGAAUCACUACUUGAUGUAUUGUUUAGACUGCGAGCAGUCCCUCUUCAGUCAGUCGAGUCUAAGCUCAGCAGGACUAGAGAGAGGGAAUUGGCCAAGAGGGAAACUGGAGAGAGCCUUUCCCGCCUCCUCCCCAGCUUCCUCUCAGCUUUCGCUCGCUUCAUGCGAUUUCCUUGCUCGCGUGACCAUCCUGAGGGACUACUGGCAGUCUAUGUAUUGUUUGGGCGUGGCAGUGUAUUCAGUUGUGUCAGUUGUUGACAAAAUAAUCUUUAAAUUACAAAUAUUAAAUACCAGCUGCCUUGGUAAAAAUUGUAUAUUAGUAAGGCAAUUGUCCCUGAUUCUUUUAGGUUUGGUUGUGAUGAGAGGAAAAAUGUCAGUCUUUUUACAAUUAAUGUGCCUGCAAAGUUCAAUAGGAAGACACCAACACCCUCAUAUCUGGUUAAGUGGGAUUGUUCAAAAUGGUUACCACAGAUGAGUCAGUCUGCUGGAUUUGAACCUCUGACACAAAUGGCUGUUAGGUUUGUAUUAUCUUCCAUUACUAAGAAUGCUUUGUAAAAAAUGCCUAUGAUUUUAUGUAGGUAUGAUGAUGAUCAUUGUUAUUUAUCAUUGUCAUUUUGACAAACAAUGCCCUAUGAAUUUAGAGGCACUGUUGGAGAAAUCACUUUCAAAUCUUUAGAUUUCACCAAAAGUGCAAGUAAUGGCUUAAAAAAUCAGGACAGUAUGCAUCCUGUUUGCCCCCAGAUUUGAGGAGAAGAGAUGACUUCUUUUUCAAAACCUUUUUUAGCUGACUUGUCUCAUCUCCUCUCAUUUAAGGCGUGUACUUUUUUACACUUUAAAUGUAAUAAUCCCUGUCACUGACUGUAUUUUUACAGUGGCAAUGGUAUUUAUGUUGGCGUUGGGACAGCUGAAGGAGACAUUUCAGUGUAUAUUUCUUGGAACCUUGUUGUAAGUGGCUUUUGUACAUUACUUCAAAUUUUCCUAGCAUCAUACUUUCUUUUUAGUUUCUUUUUGAGUUUCCUUUGUUACUGACUAGAAAAUACACCAUACUCAAACUGAAUCUUUUGUUUAAUUUCUUUUCAGCCCCUUGUCACUCUGAAGGGUGUACACAACAUUUUUGUCACUGGAUUGUCAUUUUUACCAGACUCCCCGCUAGUGGCUAACAAACUGCACAAUGAGUUUGCUCUUCUCAGUAUCUCUGCUGACAACACUUGUAAAGUUACUACACUCAAGAAAAGAAGUAUGUACAAUCUUAUGGUACUGUGAUACAUAUGGAGGGAAUGUAAGGCUAAUGGGAGAGGGUGGGCGUCAAAACCCACAGGGACAAAUGUGACAGUAUUGCACAGAAAAGGUAAAAAAGAACCCUGCAUUUCCUCAUUAAAAGUUAAUAAAAUUUUUAUAAAAGGGAAAAUUGCAUGGUUUUGUCAAAACUUCCAAAACCCACCGUUAAAAAUAUAUUAGAAUUUUCACAAAUAGGCAUUGUCCCCCUUUGAUAUUGUAUGUCAUUCAACUAAUUGUUUAUGAUUGGCCCAUGUUGCUCAUCAGGGUAUUCAUUCAGCUGAUGAUACAUCAACUUCUUGACUAGAAAAAAUGAAAAAACCCAGUUGUUUAAUCAACCUACAUGUACCUUAAAGCAACUAAACUUUAAUCAUUUUAAUGACUUAUUCGUGGGGGAAAAUUAAUUUGAACUUCAUAUUCAAGGUCAUACAUGUGUAUCAUUAAUUAGAACGAAACUGAGAAUAGUGUCAAAGAAAGUUAUUAACUAAAGAUAGUUUAUUGUGGCUGUUAGUCUUUGUCACAAGCUUUAAGUUCAGACAUUUGUUUGUGAGCUGCUUGAUUAGUAUCGCAUUGUUCAUUGUAUCUUAUUGUAAUAACUUAUUGUUUUUCAGGUGAAUACAGUAUAUGGUGGAUUCUUGUAGGAUUUUUAGUCUUGUUAUAUUUGACAAUCAUGGCCCUAGCCUAUGCAGGCUUUGAUCUGUAAACAGUACCUCUUUACAUGGUAUUUACAUUUGAAACACAUGAACUCUGCUAAAUUAAUUCUGUUCUUAUGAAAAAUAUUUGAAUUUCUAGUUUUGCCAUCAUGGCAAUCAUUGUAUGGAAUCUUAAUUUUCACCAAAUGUACAUGAAAAUAAUCCCGUUAAGAGUUCAGUUUGUAAAUAUUCAUACCAUCAGUGACAAAAAGAGAAAUGAAUUUAUUUUAUUCAGUCAUCUGAUCAUACACUCUUCAUAGACAGGC